ACUGUUUAAAUUGAAACAGUAUGUUUGCUGGACACUUCAUAAUUGGACUGGUAGUGGCUAUUAUUUUUGCACAAGAAACAGAUGCUGCUUGUUCCUUACCAACAAAGCUUACAAAUAGACAGUGGAAGUAUGCGUAUACAGACGUACAAAACAAAGAACAAACAAGUACAGUAACGUUUGAAACUACAACUAUUUCUUCUGGCAUCUCAUUCAAUGCACUUGGGACAACAAUAGAUGAAUGGAACUGUAUAUCUAGUUUACAGAUCUCAGAUACGGUAUCGGUGGCUGCUUUCAAAAGUACAGAACAUUAUAGUGAUUUCGAUGGGGUUAAUAGAUGGUUAUAUAUGUGUAUGAAAUUCACAAAAGUAUCAAACGACUUGUUUUAUUUUUAUCUAUUGUCGGACGUCGACAGUACUAUUUACCCCAAGGAGAGGAUAUACAACCCCCUUGUACAACCAGACGUAGACGGUGAUGUGUGCAGUACGUUUUGUUCUUACGCCGACCCAAAGCCAAACAUUCGUACGCUUCAAAAAGAAGGAACAAGUGAUGUGUUGCCCGACGAUGUAUCAUUAUGUGAACCUUGUGGCGAUUCUUGUGAAAAAGGUAUUUCAUCAAAUAUGUUUUAAUUUUGCAAUAAUAAAGUUG